CACCACCUUUUCCCGCUCACUACCACCUUAAAAAAGUAUCUUUUCUCCUGUCAAACCUUCUCUCAUAUUUUUCUUUUUGAAUUUUUAGUAACUACUCUUCUGUUUCAUUAAUCCCUGUGUUCCUUUUGGUUUUAUGCUUCAACCCUUUUGAAUUUGAUGAAUGAAAUGGGAAUUGAGGGUUUCUUCGUCUUCUGAUCUUUCAUUCUUGCUGGAUUUUGCUGGGUUCAAUUUCAUUAUUCAGUCUCUUUCUUGUUUGAUUAUCGCGAGAAUAUCGUAUCUAUCUCUAAUUCUCUAGUGUCCAUCAAGUGUUUGUGAAAAUGACGCUGUUGGAUUUUGCCUACUUUUGAUUUAUUUCUUUUAAUGAAAAUUUGAGAUUGAAAUCGAUCUUACUGUGUUCCCCAACUGAAUCCUAUAAAGAUCAAUCUUUUGACCACCCAAAAGAUUGGAACUUCCAAAGAGAACAAGAUGGAAAUACAAGGAUGUAAAUCAAGACUUACCGGAAAACCCAUCCUCAAUCGACGCCUUACAAGGAGAGAAAGAAAGCUUGCACUUCUUGAAGAUGUGGAUAAGCUGAAGAAGAAACUAAGACAAGAAGAAAAUGUACAUAAAGCACUGGAGAGGGCAUUCAGUAGACGUUUAGGAACUUUACCUCAUCUUCCUCCUUAUCUUCCUCCCCAGACUUUAGAGCUACUAGCUGAAGUAGCUGUUCUUGAAGAAGAAGUUGUACGUUUAGAGGAAGAGGUCGUUAGCUUUCGGCAGGGUUUAUAUCAGGAAGCUGUUUAUCUAUCAUCCAGAAUCAGCAUCGGGGAUUCGGAUAAUAAUAAUUCAUUAGAACAAUCUUCGAAAAGUACUACAUCUAAGCAUGAUGCAUUAAGAUCAUCAAUGUCCCCAGUUGAAGUUGAUGCAGAAUCAUCCCAAGAAUCACAACAAAAACCUUUGAAUUUGCUCUCGAGAAGUGCUUCGAGUAGAAUGACAUACUCUCAUCAAAUUGGGAGCGAUUUCUUGAAUAGGUGGGUCGAAAGGAAACAUACUGAUUUAAAGAAACCUGAUUCCUCUGUUGGAGAUGAUGGUGUUCUUGGUAAAGAAAACCGAUCAUCUUCUAAUUCGAAUAGCAAGCUUAAGAAUUCUCCUGAAAGGAUAGCCAACAAAGUGCAAAAUUCGGUGAAGAGAAUUCCAGUCAAGUCUGUAACUGCAGAAAAACGCACUCCUCCCAAAUUGCAGCUACAGAAUAGGUUAGCAGAUCAAGAAAGGGCACAAGAAAGCUGCUCUAGCUCAUCUUCGGGUGAUAGAAUGUUGGAAGCUGAAAGUGAAUGCAACAAAAUUUCUGAGAAUGCGUUGAAGUGCUUGAUUGGAAUCUUCUUAAGACUGAGCAAGUUGAAGGCAAAAACCAUGGAUGCAGAAGCUUUUUCCAAUCUAAUGUCUUUGGAUUUAACUGGGGGCGAUCGUGGACCUGCUUUUAGGGAUCCUUAUGGUAUCUGUUUGAAAUCAAAGAGGAGAGAUAUUGGCCCUUACAAACAUCUUUUUGCUAUUGAAGCUGGCUCAAUUGAUUUUAAAAAGAAAACCAAUGCUUCCCUCUUGACUCGUAGGCUCAAGCUCCUUCUUGAGAAGUUGGCCUCUGCCAAUGUUCAAGGUCUUACACAUCAACAAAAGCUUGCAUUCUGGAUAAAUAGUUACAAUAUUUGUAUGAUGAAUGCAUAUUUAGAGCAUGGAAUACCCGAGAAUCCUGAAAUGAUGCCAACGUUAAUCCAAAAGGCAACAAUAACUGUAGGCGGGCAUUUGCUAAAUGCAGCCACGAUUGAGCAUUUCAUCUUGAGGCUGCCGUAUCGCUUAAAACUUUCAUGCUCAAAAUCACCGGAAAAAGACGAGACUGAAGUUCGUGACAAGUUUGGGUUGGAGUGGUCUGAACCGUUGGUCACAUUUGCAUUAUGCAGCGGUAGCUGGUCUUCCCCUGCGGUGAGGGUGUACACUGCAACCCAAGUGGAGAACGAGUUAGCGACAGCAAAGAGAGAUUACCUCGAGGCAGCAUUUGGCAUGACGAAAAGCAACAAAUUAAUAAUACCGAAGAUGUUAGAUUGGUAUCUGCUAGACUUUGCAAAGGAUUUGGAAGCUUUGAUGGAUUGGGUUUGCCUAGAGUUACCGGGUGAACUAAGGAAACAAGCGAUUACGUGCCUUGAGAAGAGAGGUAGAGAGCCUCUUUCGAAGAGGGUUCACGUAAUGCCUUACGAUUACAGGUUCAGAUACCUCAUACAAAGAUGAUAGAUUUUGGAUUUUGGAUUUCGAAUCAGAAAACAGGAAGAAAGAUUUGGACACAUGAACUUGAAGAUAUUAAGGAUUCAAAUUGUGCAAUUUUUUGGGUUUUUGUGGUACAAAAAAUGUUGAUUUAGAGUGUAGAAUGGGAAGUUUUGUACAUAGUACAUACAAGAGUACAAUAUACAGAAAAUGGGAUCAUUCAAGUUGGU